ACCUUAUGAUGUCAUUUGCACAGCAACAAGAAUGCGAGUACAGUGCCGUGGCUGUUUUUGUCGAUAAUYACUCAUGAAUGUUAAUAUAUCUCUUUAAUUAGAGAGAAAGAUGAUUUAUAAGGCAGUUAGGUYCCCAACAGAGAAGAAAAAGCACAKUUGGAGACUGCGAAAUAGCAUUUUGAAUUGCAUUUGGCGGUAGCGAAGGAAACCAAGAUGGCGUCCUCUUCGAGAGCGCCAAAUACAAGUUCCAAACCACCUUCUCGAAGCCCAUCGCCGAAAAAAGAAAAGGUUUCGUCAUUGCAAGUACGAAAAGAGUCUUUGUCAGCAUCUUCAGAGAGACUCUUGUCUCAAAUUCAGGCAUUAUCCGAUGAGCAAGUAGAAAUUCAAAAGAGGACUUUUACAAGAUGGAUGAACUUCUUUUUGAAAAAGUACAAGACUCCCAUGAAAGUAGAUGACAUCCUGGAGGACUUGAAAGAUGGCACACGGCUUAUUGCAUUAUUAGAAGUAUUAUCUGGAGGGAGAUUGCUAAAAGAACGAGGUCACAAGAGGCUUCAUCACCUUGCUAAUGUUGGACAUGCAUUGCAGUUCCUGAAAACUAAUAAUGUAAGUGGAAGUUGUUUUCAAUCACUCUUCAAACAGGUUGAGGGUUUUUAUGCCACAAAAAAGAAAGCAAGAGGAAAGAAGUUUCUUCUUGAGUGGGCUCAAAAAACAGCUAGAAAGUCUCCAGGAUCAAGUGGAGAAAUCAAGGACUUUAGUAAAAGCUGGAGAACUGGACAAGCGUUUUUAUACCUCAUUCAUUCCUAUAGACCAGAGUUAGUUGACCUUGAUGGUAUAUCAGAAAGAGAUAACAUGACAAACUUGAAAGAAGCAUUUGAUGUUGCAAGUGAUAAGCUUAAUGUGCCAAGAUUACUUGAACCUGAAGAUGUUGAUGUCGAGAAACCCGAUGAAAGAUCAAUCAUAACGUACGUCGCGGCGCUAUGUGAUUCUCUCGGUGAGUCUUCUCCUAAAAAGGCCAAAGAAACAGCGGCAGCUGAGAGAGCCGUCCGUCAACCAGGAAAGCGAACUGUUAYAGAUGUWGCUGUUGCUGCAAGCGCCAAGAAGAGUAGAGAUGSCGUGGAUAGGUAACUCUAUGUUGUAAUGUUAGAAAUAUGUUUUUUUUCGUUUUAAUGGUGUUCAUCCAUUAUGGCUGACGUUACGMUGAUUUGGUGAGGUAUACCGUGGUACUGGUGGGAACUAGCGGUA